ACACUGGCUUUUAAUUAUUUUCCCUGUGAACCUAAGCUGCCGUCCACUUGCAGUUUGUCGCGGCUGGACCAGAAUGGUACUCCACCUGUGGAUGCGCAGGAUCGCACAGGAGCCCAGCUCCUCGACCGCCAGUCGGGGCAGUGUCACUGACCAAGACCGCCUUCGAAAUUGAUAGGAUUUCGGGCAGAAUACGUUUUGUCAUAAGGCAGUUUACUGAAAUGAGAGUGAGAUCAGGUCUAUCCGAAUGGAAGAGUCAUCAGAUUUUUGCGUGCCGUAGACGGAAGUGACAUUUAUAGGUUUGCCGUGGACGCGGAAGAGUCCUCUUUCUUGCCAAGCCAUUAUUCCGAUUAUCUGAAGGGUCCAAAGUAAAUAAUUAAUGAUAACUAAAUAAUUUUGAGGCUGACGUGUGGUAGGAUCGGGGCGUCCCAUAAAUUGUUCGUUCCUUAACCAGCACCCAUGGCUGCGACCAAAAAUCUACAGAAAGCUAUAGAGUUGGCGAGUAAGGCAGCAGAUGAGGACAAAGCCAAAAACUACGAGGAGGCGCUGCGCUUGUACCAGCAUGCCGUGCAGUACUUCCUUCAUGUGAUCCAAUAUGAGACAGCUGGUGAGAAGGCCAAGCAGUGCGUGAGGGCCAAGUGUCAGGAGUACCUGGACAGGGCGGAGCAGCUGAAGACGUUCCUGAAGAAGAAGGAGGGCAUUCCAAAUGCAGGCAAACAAGCAAGCAGCAACCAGGCAGAUGACAAAGGAAACAAGAGCGAUCAGGUUGAAGAUCCAGAGAAGAAGAAGCUGAAGGCCCAGCUGCAGGGAGCCAUCGUCAUGGAGAGGCCAAACGUCAAGUGGAACGACGUCGCCGGUUUGGAAGGAGCCAAAGAAGCACUGAAGGAGGCCGUCAUCCUGCCCAUUAAAUUUCCACACCUAUUCACAGGGAAGCGAACACCAUGGCGUGGUAUCCUGCUUUUUGGGCCUCCCGGGACAGGGAAGUCGUACCUGGCUAAAGCUGUGGCCACGGAGGCUAACAACUCCACCUUCUUCUCUAUCUCGUCAUCGGACCUGGUGUCCAAGUGGCUUGGGGAGAGUGAAAAGCUGGUGAAGAACCUCUUCAGCCUGGCACGGGAGAACAAGCCGUCCAUCAUCUUCAUUGAUGAGAUCGACUCGCUGUGCGGCUCACGCAGUGAGACUGAAAGCGAGGCAGCCCGGCGCAUCAAGACUGAGUUCCUGGUCCAGAUGCAGGGUGUUGGGAACAACAAUGAAGGAAUUCUUGUCCUGGGAGCCACGAACAUUCCCUGGACGCUGGACUCCGCCAUCAGGAGACGGUUCGAGAAGCGCAUCUACAUCCCGCUGCCUGAGGAGCACGCCCGCUCCGCCAUGUUUAAGCUGCACCUAGGCUCCACCCCCAACAGCCUUACGGAGGCCGAUUUCUCGGCCUUGGGCCAGAAAACAGAAGGCUACUCCGGGGCGGACAUCAGUAUUGUGGUGAGGGAUGCGCUCAUGCAGCCAGUACGGAAGGUGCAGUCCGCCACGCACUUCAAGAAGGUACGUGGGGCGCCAUGGAACAACCCAAACGAAGUGGUGGAUGACCUUUUGACCCCCUGUUUGCCAAGUGACCUCAACGCCGUAGCAAUGACGUGGAUGGAGGUCCCUGGAGAGAAGCUGCUGGAGCCAGUGGUCGACAUGACGGACAUGUUGAGGUCCCUCUCAAACACCAAGCCCACGGUGAACGAGCAGGACCUCGAGAAGCUGAAGAAAUUCACAGAGGACUUUGGCCAGGAGGGCUGACACACGGUAGUGAUUUGCCCAAACAGACGGAUGCUCUCCUUCCGUCCAUCUCUCCUCUUCCUGCCUGACCUGCACUCGGUUCCAUUUUGGAGUUUCCUAAUUGCUCUCAGAAGGGCUUUGGCCUCGUAAAACACUCUGUUGGGAAAAUCUUUAGGGGAUCAGAUUGGCAGGCAGCAGCGUGUAGGGAUCUUUAUGGAAUGUUCUUAGUGGUACACUUGUGAGAUCUGAACAGAAUGUGUGACAGGGCAAACUAUGAUUUGGUUAAGUAUUUUAUUUUCCACUUUGUAUUUUUAAUGGGCUACGGUGUGUGAAUUUAAGGUCUUUUUAUAUUCAGCGUGAAAAAAAUCUCAAAAUAAGAUUAAACACAAUGUGUCUGGGUCACUUCUUCCAGCCUGAUUAUGUCUAAAGCAGGCUCCCUUCCUCAUGGUGGGGCUCUCCCAGAAGCCAAUGAGAUAGGAUAUGGUGUGGACAUCUGGACAGCAUGGCACAGAAUAACAUGGACCCAAGCACAGAGCAUUUUACAUUGUUAAACCCGCAGCUUAUAUAAUGGUGUUGAUUUUGCCCUUGGAGCAGGGGAUUGUCUGUGUGUGGUACCCACGUGUGGAGGACACCACCUUCCACCUGAACCCUUGUACCUGCCUCAUCCUGUAUGUGUAAAUAAAAUGUUGAUCAAACCUG